GACUUUUUCAUGACCUAGCAAUCUGUUCCAAUGAAGAUGUUUCCAGCAGGGCGCUUGAUCACUGCUCUGUAUCUCAAGUUCGCCACCACAAGCGCAAGGAGAAGCUUGUAUGUCUCGAAUUAUGGAGGGACUGUCUCACACCUCUCCCUCGAGGAGACUUCAGGGAUGUACUUAAUCAAUUUGCUCACAGAAACACAAGACUGCGGCUAUAAUCCCGCAUGGAUGGUGUUGGAGAAAUCCAGAAACACCCUAUUGUGCCUCAACGAGGGUUACACCAUCCAGAAUGCUGGGUCUCUUGCGGCCCUGGAUGCAGAGACGCUCAGAGCCACCAGCAACAUCACUACGCUAUUCGGGCCGGCAGCAGGGAGCAAAUACGCCUCGGAACGCAUGGCUAUGGCUCACUACGCCGGUUCCGGCCUGUCCGUGAUCGACACGAGCAAUGCAAGCGCGCUGAUUGAGCUCCAGCGAUUUCACUACGAGCAUAAGCUGCAGCCAGGGCAAUAUCCGCCACUCCAGAACCAAUCCUAUAACCACGGCACAGCAGUUGACCCCACUGGCCGCUUUGUUCUAGCCUUCGACCGUGGUGCCGAUGUCAUCCGCAAAUACAGAAUCGGUAGCUGGGAUGAUCGGCUGGACGAGCUGGGCUUCGAGCCCUUGGACCCCGGCAAUCCAACUAACGGAGCUCGUCACGGUGUCUUCGUCAAGGGAAACGGAAACAAGACCUUUUUAUACGUACUGGGAGAGCUUACUGCGUCUCUCUUUGGAUUCGAGGUCAUCUAUCGAGAUGUUGAAAGAGACUUUGAGCUCCAACCGAUCUACAAAGACAGCAUAUUCCAGGAUGGUUUCAGCAAUGGUCUGGGGCUCGAGAUCUCCAUUCCAGCGGAAAUUGCACUCGCAGAAAGCAACCAUCUGAUCUUGUCCUCCAGAAACGACAGUAGAAGUUUGUACCAAGGCGAGGCAAGCGAUACAUUGGUCACGUACGAGGUGGACCUUGAUUCCGGUGGUCUUAGUCUUGUGCAACUCGCGCCUUCGGGGGGUAAGUGGCCACGAAGCUUCUCCGUCAGCGCCGAUGGCACUUUGAUUGCGGUUGGAAAUCAAUAUUCGGUACCGGGAAGGUUGUCUAUAUUCAGCAGGGACCCACUUACAGGUAUCAUCAGUGACGACAAGGCACUUGCUACGUGGACCACAAGUGUUGCUUUGCCGGACGGUGGCAGCUGGUCUAUGGUGUUAUGGGAUGAGUGA